UCAGGUGAAAAUUUGAUUAUGGAAAACCAGGAAGUGGCAGGUGACACUGAAUGCUUUAUAGAAUAUGAAGGAACAAAGAAAUACAAACAGGUCAAGAAUGGUCGUUUGGAGAUACUACGAAUUACAAUCGAACCGCGGUUAACUUGAGACAAAUCACUCCGUGCACAAAAUGAUUUCUGGAAGCUCAGUUCGAUAUGAAAAACUGCCAACUAGUGAAAACUACGACGAACAGGGCAGUGAAAACCUCGAAGAAGAAGUGACCGUUUUUAUUUCACAGUCUCUGAGUCCGCAGCACAAAGUCAGACAGCGGAGAGGGACCUGGGUUCGACUGGCUGUGGCCCUCCUGCUGCUAGGAUUGGCCCUCAGUUUCGUCAUCUGCGAGUGGCGCGGGUGCCUGUCUGAAGAGGACGGCCUGCGAGGAAGCACAGCCGCCCCGGGGCAUUCUGGGACGGGGCCGAAACAGAAGGGACACAGUCACCACCACGAUGACGACGACGAUGAAGAAGAAGAGGACCACGAUCACCAUGGAAACUCAGAACAUCAUGAACAUCAGCAUCCAGACCUCUAUCACCAUGGUGUUGUCAUUACGGACUCAGCUAUAUGCUCUAAGAUUGGCAAGGGAAUUCUGGAAGAAGGUGGAAAUGCUGUAGAUGCUGGGCUAGCAUCUCUGGUUUGCCUGGGGGUUGUUCAUCCACAUGCAACAGGUGUAGGUGGAGUAUUUUCAGCAAUUCUUUACAACAGCACAUCCAGAACACACAAAGCAAUCCGUCCCAUUUCCCAUGGGUCUUCCUCAGUAGCAUAUGGAAUUCCAGCCGCUCUUCAGGGUGUCAAACAGCUUCACUCCCUCUUCGGCCAUUGCGGAUGGGAGAAGUUAUUUUUGGGUGCCGCGAAGCUCGCUAAAGAUGGGUUUCAGGUGGACCAAGCGCUUGCGGACGCUCUAAUAAGCAACCGGGGAAAAAUACUUGAGUCAAACCUGUGCAACCUGUUUUGCGAUGGGAAAGGCAGCGUUAAAGUUCUGGGCUCCACGGUGGCCAAUCAGAAGUUAGCCGAGCUUUUGCAGUUCGUCAGCCUGAAUGGCCCCCGUUUCCCAGAAAGCCUGGCGGUGAAAUUGGCCGAAGACCUGCCCCCGACAGAGAGGCAGGGCUUUGUUGAGAAUGUUCAGCGGUGCGGGGUAGAAAUCAAUGACCCCCUUAUCGUGGAAACAGAAGAAUACAGUGUCUAUGGAGCAACUUCCCCACUAUCCAGCAGGAUCAUAUCGGAUGUCUUGGGCAAAGUCGGGGAGCAGAACCUAUUACCUUGGAACAAUGCAGAUCUUAACAGUAGCGCAUCCACAUAUGUCAGUCUCUUGACGGCAGCUAAACUGAUAUAUAACGACAAUCUGGCCAAGGAAAACCGAAGUGUUGAAGAUUUACUUGCACUGAAUCCGACGGGCAGCCAUAUUGGGGUGCUGGAUGGCGCCGGUAACGUUUUAAUUAUCUCUUCCUCGUUAAACAGCCCGUUUGGAUCAAAGCGUCUGCUUCCCUCCACCGGAGUCCUUCUCAGCGAUGUCAGCCCCCACCCAGCUGACGAUGUGCUCCUGUGGAGCUGCCCUUUAAUCGUGAAACUCAAACAUGACCAUGGGGAUGAAGAUCAUGACCAUGAUGAUGACGAUGACGAUGAUGACGAUGAGAUGCUGGCCGUCGGGGUCACAGGCGGGCCGUCCGCCCCGUUCGUCGCCGCCCAAAUCAUCGCGAGCAAGGUUCGCGGCGGGAAAUCGGCCCAAGACGCCACAACCGGCCCCCUGCUCCGCCUGGAAACGGGGAGUUCCGGGUCGUUCUCGGGCUGCGUCUCCGCGGUGACCAACCGCACUGACGUGUACCGGCUGCUGCUGGAGAAGGAGGGACGGCUGGAAGGCGUGGUCAGGUGUCCCGAUAGCAUGUUGGCCCUGAUGCUCCAGGCGCAUGCGGAACACGUGGGGGCCUACGGCGCCCCUGCAGCCUUGGCGCACGCUGACGGGUACUGAGGAGCACCACUGGCAGGGGUGCAGCAGAAAAUUCUGGGCACUGUGCAAUGUCUGUGGAGCCUCUUCUUAAAAUUGUAUACCAAAAGCAAACUUUGUUGUCCAGGCCUUUUGAAUCCCCCUGCACCCCCCCCCCCCCCCCCGCCCC